CGAUGGAGGAGAUAUGGGAUACAUACGGAAAAUAAACGUAUAUUUGCCUGUUCGCAUGUGUGUGUCUAGAAAUUAACCACUCAAAAUAUCAGUUCCGUGAGUCAAAUGUAAUGUCUUCUCAUUAAGUACUCCGUGAGAGGAGAGUCGAGAGAAAAGCAUUAUGCAAAGUGGUACUAGAUAUGCAGCGACAGACGGAGAGACCCAACACGGUCUGCAAAGUAACCUGCUCAAACCUAUGGACGUCCUAGAUUCGCACGGUGAGAGAGGGGACUUUUUGAGGCGCUUGCACACACUCAGCUCGACAGAGACAAGUGGCAUAGGUGACUGCCAUACGACGCUAUCGAGGGAAGAACUCAACGGUAAAACCACAAGGCAAUCAAGUUUCCAAACAGACGUUGACAGCCCUAGAAUCCCAAGGCGUAGACAUUCAUUUGAACUGGCGAUAAUGGGAAUGUACACCAAUCAUUCAUCGCACGAGGUGCCGGACGAAGGUAUUGAUACCAACGAUGAUCCUGUCGAAUUUGACGAGCUAUUCAGUCGGAGUCAUAUAGAUAUAAGUGGAGGGACUAAUAUCGAUCGUUCGAUGUUUUUUAGUUCACAAGAACGGCUUAAAAAUAGAGGACCAAACACAUCCAGUUCAGCAGCGGUACAAUAUGAAAUGGGGGAAUACUGCACUAACAGUCCGGACAGAUCGGACUCUCCAACUUCAUCUAUACCAGGUGACUUUGGAGAAGGCAGGAGCCCUGAUGAUCACCACAAUAGUUCCCGUAGGAACUCGAGGGCGGGGAAAAUGGAAUCGGAUUGGAUGCGAUGGGGAAGGGACAGGAGAGAUAGCAUGAAGAAACGCAAUGAUAAACUUGAACAACACCAAAAACAAAUAGAGUCCAAGCGUACACCAACGCCUGUUAAAAAGGCCAGAAAGGAAAGUUUAAAAUUCGUAGCAGCUGGAUAUGCAAUCAAUGACACUGACCUCUCCAUUGAUGAUGAUAUCCCAGAAAUAGAGGAGAACCCAAGAAUUCUUCAGAGAGAACGUCUUAUGUCAAAGGCAUCUAGUGGCUUGACGCCGGUGUCACCAAUCAGGCCACAACGCUACAAAAGAGCAACAUUUGACCCUAAUGUCUUAACAGCAUUUUGGCAACAUAAGAUAUUUACCAGGGGUAGGAUUGUUGGUAUCACCCUCAGCAUCAUAGCGUUCAUCACCAACAUAAUCUCAAUCGCAAAUCAUUACUGGUUAUAUCAUACAGAUCAACAGGUACAAUCCAAUCAUAUCCAUUCUGGCUUAUGGCUGCGAUGUAAUUCUCAUAAAAAUACUUCUUCCGAAAUCUGCACGUUUAUAUCAGAUGAACACUGGCAACGUGCUGUGAUUGGACUGCUGAUUUUCACCUUUGCCUUUGGUUUGUUGGCCACUGUGUUGUCCAUCUGUGGCAUAUUUAGCGCACAUAUGGGCAAGAAAGUCUAUUUCUACCACUCGUCUGGAGAGAUGUUUUUUAUAUGUGGUCUAAACUCUUCAGCAGCCUUAAUCAUUUAUUUGGUGGCAGUGGAGUAUUCCAACUUCACAGAUCGUUCAUAUGGAGUUGGCUUCAUCAUGGGCUGGUUCACUUCAAUAUCAUUCUACAUAUCUGCCACGUGCAUGGAGCUGGACGAAUUGGUCCGGUAUUAUAAUAAAACCUGCACCCAUUGCUGUAGCAGGGGUGGAGUGCAACACGUGUAGCUCGUGUUUCAUGAUAGGAGAAUUAUUGCAAUUGUUUCGCAUAAUAGUUGUGAUUGUUUGGCAAAAUUAUUGUGAUUGUUCAGCAGAAUCAUUGCGAUUGUUCAGCAAAACAAUCGCCAUAGUUGUAUAUAUCUGAUGUCGGAGGGGCGUCUCACAUGUGUAUAUAUAAUCAAGUAUGUCUUCCUCUUGGUGACGGGUGGUGUAAUCGUAAUGGAUGACACGACGCAAUGGACGACUGUUAUGAAUUCCAUAACAAUGAGAACUCCCUGAAUGACUGCAAGAUCCUUCAUUGCAUUUAACCUGGGAGACGAUCUUUAAGCAAAUUAACUGAAAGGAUUACCCCCUACCAUCCAAUUAUCGCAUCGUAAUCGCAACGACAAUUGGAAUUGCUUCGUGGGCAGCUAUUACUUUCACACGAUGAUUUAGCCUCUGACAAUCAGUCUUUACCGGUUUUCAGACCUGGUUUCCUUUGUUUUCUGGACACUAAUAAAGGAUACUAAUGAACUACAAAUAAUAUAAAUCAUUCAAACAAUUGAAAAGAACGAUUUAGAGUAUCCUACAUAAGACGACUAGAUUGUUGAUCCGACUCAAUUGAUAUCCGUAAUCCGAGAUCGUAUCCUAUGCAAGGGCUAUGCUCUCAUUUAAUUUAUCAAUAUGUGCCCUUUGCUUUUCAAAGUAACUUCUUGAUUCAUAAGGUUUCAGUCGUUUUAACCUCCUAUACCUUUCAAAGUCGAAGAUAUCAAACUAGUGGACGAUUGAAUAAUCCAAGAUAUAAAUGUUGUCUAGGGACAACAAAUGUGCACAAUGAUAGCCACCAUUUCCAUUUUAAAAACCAAAAUAGGAAUUAGAUUUUUAAGAAGUGAGUUCGAAGAUUUGAUUAGGGCCUACUAUACCAGGGAUAAUGGCAAUAUUUCCCAUUUUGGGGACACUUGGAAAGGCACGUUAACCAUAAUAGUAGUAUACUUGUCGAGGUAAUAUAUAUUUUGGGAUGGAAGACGCAUUCUUGAAAUAUAUUGUGUCAUUAAACGUCUUUAUCAUGUUUUUGAGACUGAAUCAUUUUCGUUGAAAACUAGUUGGCUAAGUAUUUUCACAGAUAUUUCAUAAAUAUUUCAAAACUUAAAUAAAUAGUUAGUCGAAAUAUUGAGGUGGUAAAAUAGUUUUGAAUGUAGUGAAUCAAGUAAGAUUUUCAUUAUUUGAUUGAUUCAGUAUUUGAACGAUAAACAGGUCAGAGUGUUAUACUUAAACAAGUAGCUGAUGAACUAUCAGUGUUAUGGAAAUGGUACAUUGUGUGCACACGCGAAUUCCCUUGAUAAGUUGCGGAUCUACUUUUUAUAUUAAAAAAUCACACGUUUGGGUUGUGAUUAGUUUGCCUUUGUGCUUGCGGGUAAUGCAUGAUGGAUUUUCAUCAAAUGGGAAAUACUGGUAAUGGACCGAGAUUCAUAAUUGAAUCCUUGCAUAUGCGCAUACGACACCUCAAAUUCUAUGGAAAUUCUCGGAAAUUAGUUAAUUUCAGUUCCCGCCGGAGAUAUGAUUUGAAGUAAUAUUGAAAAAACAUUCAUAGUAUAGGAUAUGACUUAAGAGUGAGGUAUUGUUGCAUGACUAAAUCUCCAAUGGAAAAUAAACGAUAUUAUCAUCAAACUAGAUCAUGAUUCAUGAACUUAAGCUGUCUGCCGAGAAACUUCAUUCUUGAUAUCCAAAUGUAUUCUACAAUUGAGGCAUGAACAACUGUUCGUUAUUAAUUAAAU